CGGGCUUGCUUCUUCUUCGAACUUCCUGGCUUAAACCACUUGGUGGGGGCUAUUUUACUCCUGCCAUAGUUGCCUGUCUCCCUCUCUCCAGUGAUGUCGGCGAUCGUCUCGCGUACCUGAAAAGUCCAUACUUAUCUCCUACCCCUUCCUAAACAACAGGACUCCUUUCUCAUAUCCUCCACCUCCGAGAGCAUCGCGUACUUUGAUACACGGUCUUACUUUCACCUCAUAUACGCCUUUAUCGGGCUGCGCAAAAGCAAAUAUCGAAAAAAAUGGCCCAAGCUGCUGCCGGGGCUGCCGCCUCGAACAAUGGUGCCGAUAACACAAAUGCGCCCGCGAUAAACACGGGAGACAACGCGUCGGGGCUUUUUCAAACUCUGCAAGGUCACGUCGACAGCAUUCGGUCCCUCAUACAAUGCGGCGUUUGCAUCCGGCCGCUCUACGAACCCUAUACUUUGGCUUGCGGGCAUACAUUUUGCUACAGUUGCUUAACCUCAUGGUUUGUUGGUGGACGACACAACAAAACAUGCCCUGACUGUCGGGCUCCAGUGAAGGCGCAGCCUGCACCUGCUUACUUGGUUAGAGCCGUGGUUCAAAUGUUCACGAGCCAGCCCGAACUACUCGACAAGGGCGAGACCACAGACGAGCACCAGCGCCAUCACAAUGAGGAAGCAGAGCGGUUGGAAAAGGACAGACAGAAUGCAGACCCUAAGGAAGGGGGUCUGUUUCGAGGAACUUUCAACAAGCCGAAAAUUAGUCAGCCCAUCAUGGAUGACGAUGAUAACAUAUUACGUUGUCCGCACUGUGCAUGGGAGUUGGAGGAAGGUGAAUGUAUACACUGCGGUUACGAACGAGAUCGCGACUCGAUAACGAGCACAUAUUAUAGCGACAUGGAAGGGUCCGAAGAAAUGACCGACUACAUGGACGAUGACAUCGAGGACGGAUUCGGAGAUUAUGAUGAAGAUUAUGACUUCGAUGAGAUAUACACAACCCUUCAAGCUUUGCCGCCAGAUCUUCACGAAGCAUUGUAUCGGCAACACCCCGGAUAUUGGCCCCGCGAUUGGCCUGCAGGCCCUUCUUCGGGAAUCGAAGACAGUGAAAUGGACGAUGAAGAUGACGAUGCCGAUAUGGAUUCAUUCAUUGAUGACGAAUUAGAACAUGAGCAUGGCGACUAUUCUGAAUCUGACCGGUCUACAGUUGUCGGGCAUCAUGAGUUUUCAAUAACACGAUCCGAGGUUCUUGAUAGCGGUACGCCUGACGAGAUGCUGGAUGGCAGCGAAGACGGUAGCAGCGAAGACGAGGAUUCAGAAGGUUCAGAAGACUCGGAAAACUCGGAAGACGACGACGACGACGACGAGCCUAUUAGACCUGCUAUCAGCAGUAGCCGGCGGAAUCGAGUGCCAGCAUAUCGCGUACUUUCGGAUUCUCCUGCUCCCGAGCCAGAGCAGCCCACCAGAGCUUCUCGAUCGGCUGAUGCGGCGCCUAGAACAACAUCGGGCGCCUCUCGCCGUACUCAGAAUCCGCCUGCCAACUCCGAGGCGAAUGCAAUAUACAUCGCCUCUUCCUCAGAAGACGAAGGCCCUGUGAGACCUACGAGGAGGACUAGAAGAGAACGAGGAAACUGCUAGCCCGAGUCUCAUGGCAUAGGCGUUGAUCGUCUCGCUAAACUGACGUUCAAUCCCAAG